CACCUCACCCGCGACCAUGUCGGCCGCAAGCUCCAAAACAACCUCUGCCUGAACUGCCACUGGGGCGACUGCCAGGUCCAGACCCUCAAGCGAGACCACAUCACAUCGCACCUGCGGAUCCAUGUGGCGCUCAAGCCCUACAAUUGCGAGACCUGUCGACGAGGGUUCAAGCGUCCCCAGGAUCUCAAGAAGCACCGCCGGGUGCAC